UUUUUAAAACAGUUGCAUUUUAGCUGUCGAGAGAGGAGGUCGCGCAAAUUUACGAAAAACUUCACGUCGUGUUCAAGCACGACAAAGUGUGUACUUAACAGAUACGUGUGGAACAAUCAUUUGCGUUAAUAAAAUACUAUUUAUUUGGUGAAGGUUAAUUUGAAAAUGAUAAUAUAGUGGUAAUAUUUUGGUUUUGAUAACUGGAACUUAUUUUCAUAAUAAUUUAAAGUUUCUUGAACGAUUCAAGGUGUUGUGUUUUGCUACAAAAUGUCUAAAGAAACAGUGGUUCGAGGUUUUAUUAUUUUCUUUUUGCUAAGUUUAACUGGUGCACUGAAAGAAAAGUGCAACAAGCAGGAGGACUUACUUCAGCGCUGUUCCAUGGCGCUGCCCGUGCUCAGCUCGCCGGAGAUAUCCUUCGCGCUCACCAGGGAGGAGCUCGACCACAGCUGCGUUGAACUCCGCGCCGGCAUCAAAUGCAUAGAUAACUACACAGACAUCUGCAUGGAGAAGAACGAGCGCAUGGUGUUCCGCCGCAUCUACUCGGGCAUCACCGGGGUGGUCACGGAGCUGUGCACGCGAGGCGCGUAUCAAGACGAGUACCUGCGCCACGCCGACUGUGUUAAAAAUGUCAGGCCUGAAUAUGAGAAGUGCAGCAAGAAGUAUGAGGUGACCCUGACCAUGCUGAGCAACCACCAGCAGAACGCGCAGUACGCGACGGACGAGGCGGACGCCGCCAGCCACGAGGACUACUUGAGGACCGUGUGCUGCUCGUUCCAAGAGUACCUGGUGUGUUCGGAGCAGACGGUGCAAGCGGCGUGCGGGGACGAGGCGGCUCUCUUCACCAGCGCAUUCCUCAAGAGAAUGGCCUCCAACAUCAUUAAGAACUUCUGCUUGGAGUAUAGAGGACAAGAAUGCGGGUUGCCUGGAAAAGCGGCGGCCGUCGACCAAAGCACGAUGCUGCUCGGAGCCGCCAUCUUCUCCCAUCUGACAGUUGCGUAUCUGACAGGACAACUGUUUCCCGCGUAAAAAACAAGUUAUUUUAGGAAAAUAGUGUUUUUCAAAAUAUGUAGUUAUUUUUGUGCGUUACUCAAGUUAUGGUUGAAAUGAGAAUGUGGUUCGACUGGAUGAAGAUUUUGUAAAUAAUAAUUGUAGGUGUAUGCUCAUAAGUUCCUCUAAAUAUUAAAAUUAUCCAGUCAUUUUAGCGUCAUUAUGGCUUACACGUUACAUACAGUUUAAUAAAUAUUGUUCCUUAAUAAGUCAUAAGUUACCGUACAACAAAGUUAUUAAAAUAACUCUUGCCAAAAAAUGUUCGUAGUUAAAAUCAGCGACUGUGUUAAAAGUUGAAAGGUACUAUGUAGGUAUGUACCUAUGUACAUUUUAUAAUUAUUCUACCUAAAAAUUAUGUUUUUUUACUCAAUUAAAUGUAGCCGUUUGUUUGAAUUGUAAAUGUAUAUUUGCUCAAAUGUUUGAACGUGGAGCUUUUCUAAAUGAAUUCCAAAUGUAGGUGUAAGUGAUGAACGAAUUGUGGUUUAUAUUUUUAUUAUUUACUUAUAUAAAUGAAUGAGCUCAGAGCAUCCUGUGAUAGUAAAAAAAACUACGUGGUGUUUUACUGAAAAUGUAUUUCUUACGUUAUUUAUUUGCUUUGAUAGAAGUUGUAUUUCGCGAAAUUAUUAAAAAAAAAUGAGUUUUAAAAAAGGCUAUUUUGUUUUUAAUCGGUUAUUAUUUUUAAUUUGUUAAUUCAAGUUUAUCAUUAUUAUUAAUGAUUGUAGUCUAUAAUAAACGUAUAAGGGUCGAAGACCAUAAAAAUAUGGUAAUGUAAAUAUGUAGUGUUAAAUAGGUGUUUAUAUACCUAGGUCCUAGUUGUUUCUAUUAUGUCAAACGAAUAUACCUACCAGUUUUGAAAAACGAAAUCGUAACCAUAAGGCUCUUGUUACCUUUAAAGAUUUCGAUUUCAUUUAAAAUAUAGUUUAUAGCAAUUAACCUACCUAUAUCUUUGUAAUCCUGAAAAGCCUUGCCCUUGCUUUUAGGUAUUUUCAUAAUUGUUACAAACAUUGUAUAAAUAUGUAAUGAUAUGGUCAAAAAAAUCAUGUAAUUAAGGUAUAAAUAAUUAUUUCUGUAAACAUCAAAUAAAUAAUUAAGUAUUGUAUAACUACCGGAGUUCCGGUAUUUAAAGUCAAGCAAGAACCAACUCGUCCUUCUAAACAACUUUUAUUCUUGGAGAAUUUCUUAAACAAACGAUUUUAUAUAGGUAUUAUUUAAUAUUUUCUUACAUUCUUAGUAUGGGGUCUUCAAUUAUUUUUUAGAUAUUGUUUUGCAAAUUUCCCUCAACAAAAGUUGUUAUAAACAUAUUACGGAGUCCUAUCGGCUUAGUGUUAAAUAAGUUCAUGGUAUUUGAGAAUUAUUAUAUUUAUUAACUUAUCUGUAGGAUGGUUUUACGUUUAUUAUAUUGAAAUCAUUGGAAAUUAUUCAAUUUUAGGUUUAAGUCCAGCUUCAAGCAUGACUGUAAAACCAGUCUAAGAAUAAAACAGAAAAUAUUUUAUUUCCAUAAAUUUCGUCCAAACAUUUUUUUUCUUACAUAUACAAUGUUAAAAUUGUUAGUUACGUAAUAAAAAUGUAACCUUAUCUAACCCGUGAAAAUUAAUCACUAGCUUCUAUAGUGAAAUGUUAUAUAGAAAAUCUAUUAUGCAAAGGUUUCGGGUUUAUUCAACUGAGAUAGGUCACAGCUAUUAAUCUUAAAAUUUAUUACUUAAGUCCUCAUUAUUGCCCUUUGGGCUCCUGACUCCUGAUUCAGAUAUGUGUAUAUUUGAUAGUCCUUUAAAGGUAGGUAUUCUAAAUUACUUAACAAGAAAUCCGUUUAUUUAAACAAAAAAAAAGCGGUAACCAUUUAAAACAUUUUUAGUUCUUAUAUUUUAUAGAAAGUUUAUUUUUAUUCAGAUUGUCAAUUAAUUAUAAAGAAAUGAGGGAUGUUAAUGUUAUGGUAACCUUAAUAUAUUUGAAGUUUAA